AUGAAACUAGUUGCAGCAGCCAAGGUGCGGAGAGCCCAAGAAGCUGUCAUAAAUGGCAGGCCUUUCGCUGAAACCCUUGUCGAAGUUUUGUACAGCAUCAAUGAACAGUGCCAAUUGGAAGAUGUGGAAGUUCCUUUGACGGCCAUUAGGCCUGUAAAGAAAGUUGCUCUUGUGGCUAUAACGGGUGAUAGAGGUCUCUGUGGGGGUUUCAACAAUGCAGUAUUGAAAAAGGUUGAGAACCGGAUCGAGGAAUUGAAGAAUCUUGGAUUGGAUUACACUGUGAUUAGUGUUGGCAAAAAGGGUAAUGCGUAUUUCGGGAGAAGGCCUAGUGUGAAUGUGGAUAGGUUUAUUGGACGAGAGUAUUUUCCCAAUUCGAAAGAAGCUCAAGUAAUUGCCGAUGAUGUGUUUUCGCUGUUUGUGAGCGAGGAGAUAGAUAAAGUUGAGCUAAUUUAUACGAAAUUUGUGUCUUUGAUCAAGUCUGAUCCGGUUAUUCAUUCUUUGCUUCCCUUAUCUGCGAAAGGGGAGGCUUGUGAUGUGAAGGGAAUCAGCAUUGAUGCUAGUGAAGAUGAGUUCUUUAGGCUAACGACUAGGGAGGGGAAAUUGACGGUGGAGAGAGAUCACGCUAUCCGUUUGAGAAGGUCGAUUUUUUCCCCAAAUUAUCAGUUUGAGCAGCAUCCUGCACAAAUUCUUGAUGCAUUGAUGCCACUUUACUUGAACAGUCAGAUUUUGAGGGCACUGCAGGAGUCAUACGCGAGUGAGCUUGCAGCAAGAAUGAAUGCUAUGAGUAAUGCUACGGAUAAUGCAGUUGAAUUGAAGAAGAAUCUUUCAAUUGCUUAUAACCGCGAAAGGCAGGCGAAGAUCACUGGUGAGAUAUUGGAGAUCAUUGCUGGGGCAGAGGCUCUUAAGUAG